AACAAAGAUCCUAAUCAUCCUUAUUUACAUUAUCAUCCUCUACCCUUUUCGAACCCUACUAAAAUAGCAUUAACGUUUUUACCUUUUCCACCCAGAAACGAGAAGAGUAUAUUGGGUUGGAUACCCGUAUUGAACGAUACGAAUUUAGGUGAUUUUAAAGAGAAUCCAGAUUUUUUGAAAACUCUCCAUUCAUCAAUACAAUCAGCAUUGAAAGAAUCAAAAGCUCCAGAGGUGGAAUAUGAAGCUUCUAUCCGACCUGGAGAUGGGUAUAUACAUAUCACCGACCAAAGAGCGACUCCUCCAGCAGGAAGAAUAGGAGAUAUAGAAGAUAUCAUAGCGACUAUUUUCGUAAAAGAUGGAAAGAUCGUACCAUCAACAUACACACCCAUGCCCACAUAUAGAUUAAUUACCUCUAAUGGUCCUCUUGUCUUACCUCCCGGACUGGCAGAACAUCUUAUUGAGGUACUUCGAUCUAUAGAAGAUCAA